UAGGCCAUUGGCGUGGCUGGACAGAGUUCCCCACCUCAAUACUACUGCUAAGCCACCGCCGAUAAUCCACGGAAUAUGGACGGCUGAGACGGCUGAGAAAGCAUGGGUUGGACUAACUACCGGAUUUUUUUUAAUACCGCGAUGGCGCCGCGCCAGUUGAGGCUUGACAUUAGCCAUUCCUUACCCCACUGGAAGAUCUGGUCGUAGAUGUACACAAGUCGCUACGUAGGACGAGCAUUGCCACCAAUAUAGUCCCAACCAACGGCAGGACCUUGGACGUAUGAUACUACAAGAUGCCAUCCAAAGGAGUCAAAUGCUUUGCAUACAUUGCAGCCGAUGGAGUCGAGAUUGAAUUCACCGUUCCGAAACAAAGCGUCAGGCGAAAUGCUCAACGCGAGUUUCUCUUCGACCACCUAGAAAUCGAGUCGUCGAACCUACCCCGUUUUAAAUUCACUGGAAACUUUGAAUUCAUAGUCCGCCGCGACGGCCGGGAACUGACGAAGCAAUGGGUCAGAGUAAACAGCAUGACGGGCAAAGUCGAAGACGGUACAAUGGUCAACAUGGAGCAGACACCCGCCCUGUUCCCAGAAGACGUCGUGAUAACCUACGGCUUCUACGACGCCGGACCCGGACUCGCAGAACUACCAAAACAACAUCAAUGCUACGUAACCGUAACGCCCAACUACGAAAACUGGAUGUGCGACAAGAUCCCCCAGGACUCUGAUCUCGCCAACCGCCCCUUCCACAAAAUGGUCCUACCCUCCGCCCACGACAUCGGGAUGAACAACAUGGCGUCCAGCCUGUCUCUGAUCAAAAACGCCGGCACAGGCCUCAUCCGCGAAGUCCUCGGCCGCUCUCUCCCCCGCGCCCUAUCCAUCCUCAACAAAGUCAGCGAUGGAGCCAUCAACCACAUCGCGCCGGACAUCAUCCGCGCCCUCGCCAUAACCCAGAAGGACACCCUCGACGCCAUCCUCAAAAUCGGCGCUCGAUACUUUGAAUUUCGCCCUGCAAAAUGCCACCGCCAGCUCCACUCUCUCAGCGACCUAGACGACACGCUGUACUUCCAGCACGGCGCUAUCCCCGGAAUGCCGUACCGCGUCUUACUCGACCACAUCACCCGCUUCCUGGCUGCCCACCCGGACGAGAUAAUCGUCGUGCAUAACAGAUGGGACGGCGUACCCGACGCCUGCCCGCGGCCCAACGCCUCGGACCUCACAGACACGCUAUCUCCCCUUUUGGCUGACAAAAACCUCGCCAUAGGCACUCAAGACGACAUGCAGCACAAAUCCAUUCGCGACCUCCGCAACGAGCAAAAACGCCUGAUCAUACUCACCGAUCUCCCCCAAUACUCAAACUACGACGACGAAGCUAACGCAACACUAACUGGUGAUUCCAUGCUCGCCCGCUUACAUUCCAUGUGCGAUGGCCCGCCAGCCGAUGCUAACGCGCCAGUUACCUUGUUUCAGUGCCAAGCCACGGCUACGAAUAUCAGAGAUGUAAUCGUAGCGACAGUCCUGGAUAAUAACGUGAGUACGAGUCCCAUCCUCGCUACGAAGCCGGUGUGCGAUGCCAAGAUUCUGCCACUGUUGAAGGGGGAUGUGGGGAGGAAGUUGGUGCGGGAGAGGGAAGGCGUAGUAGUUUUUGUUAAUGAUUUUUUUGAUGGGGCGACGGCGGAUGUCGCGGUGGGGGCUUGUGUGGAGAGGUUGGGGUGAAAAGGGGGAUGUGAGGUGGAAGAGAGGUAAUGAUGUGAUUUAGUAUAAAAAUCUAUAUGUAAGGUAUGCUGAGAGGAGAUAGGAGAUAAAAGACGAUAAGAUGAGAAAACGAUAGUUCAGAAAUAUGACACUUCCCUCCCUUUACUAUGUAGCCUAGGCGUAUGACGCAUUCAACGUCGUACAUAUAACAUUUCCCAUUCCGUUUGCAUAAUU